AGUGCAUUGCGCGCAUGCAAGUUUUCUGCCUUCAGUCGUGUGUGGCUGUCAAGUCAACGACUGUAUGCUACACACGUGUAGCAAUGCGAAUAUUGUCUUGCCGGUGGUGCUAUAACAUGUCGCGGCCAUCGCUCGCGCGCGUGAGACUAUCGACUGACGAUCUACGCGAACACGCAUGGACAGAAAUUCAUCGUAUACCUGGAGUUUAUCGCUGAUCUAGGUAGGGGCAGCGACUGGGUAUUUGCAAGAUAUAAAAGCCAAGGUAAGCAUGGACGAGAUGAAGCUUUUCCAAGGCAGCAAGCAAACAUGAAGCUCCUGCCUCUUGUCUCGGUCGGCCUGUUCUUUGCCCAAUCGACAAGUGCAAGCUCGAUUCAGAAGAGAGAUACCGUCAGCGAUGUUUUGAACGAUAUCAAGAAUGCCGCUACUUGUACAGCCUGCCAGUCUUUGCUUGGAGUCCUCCAGGCUGUUGCCCACCUUGGCAACGAUGCCUUUGUCGGAGUCAUCACUGCAGUCUGCCAGUCGCUUGGUGUAGAGGACGCGGAUGUCUGCGCCGGUGCCAUUGGACUCGAGGGGCCAAUUCUAGCCCACGACCUUCGUGAAAUGACAAUCGGAUCUCAUACAGCUCAGCUCUUCUGUGGUACCAUCUUUGGCCUUUGCGACUACCCAGCCGUCACGCCGUAUACCGUGACAUUCCCCUCAGCCAAGCCAGCCGGUGCUUCUCGACCAGCCUCCAGUGGCAAGACUCCGCUCAAGGUUGUCCAUUACAGCGAUAUCCACGUCGAUCUCUCGUACCAAGUUGGCGCCAACUACAACUGCACCAAGAACAUCUGCUGUCGGCCCUACAGCGCUGCCGAUGCUCCCGGAAAGACUCAAUUCCCAGCCGGCCAAUAUGGCAACACGCAGUGCGACAGUCCCCGCAGCCUCGAGCAAAGCAUGUACAACGCCAUCAAGACGCUCGUCCCGGACGCUGCCUUUUCCAUCUUCACUGGCGAUAUCGUCGAGGGUGCAGUGUGGCUCGUCAACCAGACCGAGGUCACCAACGACUUGAAUAAUGCUUAUUCGCUCAUGUCUACCCUCGGCAUGCCCGUUUAUGGUGUCGUCGGUAACCACGAUGCCGCUCCCGUCAACAGCUUCCCUCCAGCUGCCGUCGACACGACCAUCUCGAGCCAAUGGGUCUACGAUACCUUGUCAGCAGACUGGACCAAAUGGAUUGGCUCUGCAGCUGCCUCAAAUGCCGACAAGUACGGUGCAUACUCGGUGAAGAACCCCAAUACCAACCUCCGCGUCGUCUCCUUCAACACCAACUUGUACUACAAGCAGAACUUCUGGCUGUACGAGACGACCAUGGAGACCGACCCAAGUGGCCAGUUGGCUUGGUUAGUCGGUGAACUUGAUGCUGCUGAGAAGGCUGGUGAAAGAGUCUGGCUUCUCGGUCACAUGCCAAUGGGCGCAGGCGAUGCUUUCCACGACGGAUCAAAUUACUUCAACCAGAUUGUCAAGCGAUACAGUGCUACCAUCGCUGCUCAAUUCUACGGCCACACCCACAAGGACGAGUUCCAGAUCACCUAUUCGGAUUACACAAAACAGACAGCAGCCAACGCCGUCGAUGUCUCAUACAUCGCUCCCGCUCUGACUCCCACCUCUGGCAACCCGACCUUCCGCGUCUACUCGAUCGAUCCUGUCACCUUCGGUGUUCUGGACUACACCGUUUACUUUGCCAACAUCUCUUCACCCACAUACCAGAAUGGCCCGACUUGGCAAAAGUACUAUUCAGUCAAAGAAACAUACGGCGCUCAACUCACCCCUCCUGUGACCGCCGCAUCCGCCGAACUCACCCCUGCCUUCUGGCACAACCUCACCGCUCUCUUCCAAACAAACGACGCCGUCUUCCAACAAUUCAACGCUCGCAAGUCUCGUGGUCAUGACGUCUCAUCCUGUACAGGUGACUGCAAAACCAGCAGUAUCUGUCAAUUGCGUGCUGCCGAAGCUCAAUACAAUUGCGUCACCAUCAAGCCUGGAGUCAACUUCAAGAAGCGUGACUUAGCUGCUGAUAUCACUCAUUCGGAUGAGUGCGAUGGUUCUGCCGGUGCGAAGAUUUUGGGUGCUUUGACUGAGAAUAUUGGCGCUUUCCAAGAGGCGCUGGAGAAGCAACUUGGUGCUGGGUUUAUGAGUGAGACUGUUAACGGUACUGCUUCUUGAACAUUGGAGAAUUAUUACGCAAGCCUAACGUGGGCUACAAUCUCUUUGGUCUGAGAUAUCCAUUGAUUCGAUUAGACGCACUUGGAAUAUGCACAGUUGGAUUCUGGAC